AUGAGAUCGCUUUUCUUCCAUGCUUCCAUGAUUGGCCAAGAAGAUCCAGACGCCGAGGAAAGCCAAAGUGAGGAAGAGGGUUUCGCCAUGAGACGAAUUCACAAAGAGUCUGUGCACAUUCUUUCCCUUAUUCCAGAAGAAAAUGUACCUAAUUUGGUAUCGCCUUUUGCCAUAUGUGCAGCCACAAAGGAUAACUUUGAACUUUAUGUAUCAGAUCUCUGCCUUAACAAGGUUUUCAAGAUUACCAAUGUUAUGCAGGAAGCUCUACUCCAUUAAUUUCGUUAGCCUUACUUGAACUCGCGACGAGCAGCACUUAUUAGUAGGAGACAGAAAUGGGUCAAAUGUUCAUGUAUGUCAAGUACGCGGAGGAUUGAAGACUAAAACAAUUUCAAAUAUUCCCGGCCCAACAGAAAUUGCAGUUACAGAAAGUGGAACAGUGUUUGUAUCUUCUAGCAAAGAACGCUCACUCUUUAGCUUGAAGGAAGGAGACUUAUUUCGAGGAACUGAGAACAUACAUAAAGUCAGUGGAGGUAGCGUAGGCCACUGCGAUGGUAUCAAAAGCCGGCAGAAUAUGCCAGCAUCUCUGUUCGCCUACAGACAGGAUGCCAACGAUCAAAAAAUGCAUGACCAGUCGACCUCAUCGCCUGAAGAAGACAAGCAGUAUGCAGUCGAAACGUCGCAAUCUACAUCACACGUGACUACAUCAUGAGACAAACGAAAAACUUAGCUUUUAUUGUUAUUCACCACGAUGAAUAACCACAACCUUUUCUAAGAAAUUAACCGGAUAUAUGGGCGCACAGCCCUAAGGUUGAUUCGUCGACAUGAGCGUUGCUCGAGCAAGCUCGCACGCUACACCAACCAUCUCACCUUCCUAACAAGGUGCAUCAAGAACCACGUUGUUCCUAAAGAUCUACGAGUUCGACCGCCAGUUCCCACCAAAGGCGCACGCAGAGUCGCUGAACGCGCAUCCAUGAGAUUCCUAAGGGAACGGAUCAGACUGACACAGAAGGCCAAGGGAGAUGCAAAGAAGGAUACAGAAUCCACAGCACAGAGUAUAACAUCCGUUCUCCCGACAAACGACGCCAACAGGAUACUAGAGUAGAUUAAGACCAAUACUCAACGAGUCUUCAACACCACCAAAGACAGACAUAAGCAGAAGUUUGAAAAACUCAUUCGAGAAAAACAGGCGACCGUGUCACCGGUUGACACACCGUAUGUUGACAAAGCUAACUGGGUUGUUAAUUUAUCUUCUAGGUUCCUUAGCGAUGCCGAGAAAGCCCUACUGAAGAAAAGACUGAACUUCGCCGUAACUCCUGCGAAUAUUCCUGCCACAGAGAUCAUCGCCAAGGUAGAAGCAGCCGUAAGACAACUCGACACUGAACAAGCGGAUACUGUCAGAAGAGUUGUUAACGGUAUCCUUAUUGCUAACCUCUACAUGGAGAGUUUCGAAGAACAGGCGAUAACUACAUCAUCCUACGAGCCUAAGAUCUGGAAACGCCACGUGGACGAUACCUUUACCAUCCUGGAUCGCGAAAACGUAGAUGACUUCUUACAGCAUUUAAACAACCAGCAGCCUUCCAUCCGAUUCACCAAGGAGACAGAGAAAGACAACAAACUCGCCUUCUUAGACACCGAAGUUUUAAGAAAACCUGACGGCCGCCUCACCACCAGCGUAUACAGGAAGCCCACGCACACCGAUCAAUACUUAGCGUAUGAUUCACACCACCCUCAAUUAGUAAAACGCAGUAUUGUUAAGUGCCUUUACGAGCGCGCCAAACGUCUCGUAACAAAACCCUCCGUCAUCUCCCAAGAGAAUAAAACAUCUGUCAUCUGUUCUGGUCUCUAACGGUUAUCCGUUUUCUUUCUUGCAGAAACUUACCAAGACCGGAAAACCAAACAACAGUGCCGAACCCCCCACGAGUUUAAAGCUACGGCGGUUUUACCUUAUGUCAAAAGUCUAUCGGAACAGCUUCGCCGUUGCCUACAACAACAAGGCGUACGCGCUGUUUUCAAGUUGGAGACUACGCUAAGAUCUCAGUUAGUACGACCAAAAGACGCUAUCGACCCGGCUAAACAAGAUGGCGUAGUUUUCAGGAUUCCCUGUGAAUGUGGCAAGGUAUACAUCGGAGAGACUGUAAGACCUAUGCAUGACAGAAUUAAGGAGCACGAUCGAGACGUUCGACUUGCCCGUACCGAGACCUCCGCCGUUUCAGAGCUUGCCCACAACACCGGACACAAGCCACUCUGGAACGAAGUAAAGUUUAUUGAUCGUGACCCUUAUUACUACACACGCAGGGUCAAAGAGGCAAUUCAUAUAAGACUUCACCCUAACAGAAUCAACAGGGAUAAUGGAAUAGAAAUUCCAGAAGCGUGGAUGCCCACGAUCAAAAAAAAAAAAGACCACAACAGGGGAGCCGUGCGACAGCGGACCGCCGAGGGAGCAAAUCACUAAGUGAUCAGCAAGGAUCGAAAUGCACCAAUCAGAGCUGUUGAAAAACAACUAAUCACAGCAGAGCAUCAUGCUUGAUCACGCAUGACCAGUCGACCUCAUCGACUGAAGAAGACUAGUAGUAUGCAGUCGAAACGUCGCGGUCUACAUCAUACGCGAUUACAUCGUGAGACAAACGAAAAACCUAGCUAUUAUUGCCUAUUCACCACGAUGAAUAACCACAACCUUUUCAACACUGUUUUUAUUUCUGACACCGGUAACAAAUCAGUAAGGAUACUGACGUCAGCAAAGGCCCUUAUCCCUCUGCAAAAAAGGUUUGCCCAGUAUGCCAAUGUGUUUAGGAUCGACGCGAAAGCAAAAAAAGAAGACCUAUCAGGUGCCUUUGAAGGUCAUGUCAAGCAUGUCGAGGAAGUAAUUACAUUUCUCAAUCACCACGAACAUAAAGCUCUAGAGAGGACAGGCAAACAGAACACAAAUGGUCCCGACUUUGCAAUACCUCGAGCCACAAAACAGUCGUUCCUCAUUGUGCUAGAAUCACUUACCAGUCUUGCUAACACACUGACAGAGAUUGGACAUGAACUUCUUCUUUAUAGAAUCUUUUUUGAAAGUAUGACGAUAUUGAUUGUGGAGUGGUUUUUUAAAGGGAUGAGGGCAGACCACGACAUGCCCACCGUGGCUAACUAUCCUUUCAGAAGAGCUCGUUGCGUCCAAGACGACAUGCUUCGCAUUUGCCAGAAGGAUUUUUCUUAUUUCACUGGACCCAAUUAA